CGCGUUUCCGCCCGCGCCGCUAGCAGCGCUGCACCGCGUCCCCGGAGAGGCUCGGCGCGGCACCCGAGCUGCGCCCAGCGGCAGCUACCGGCAGGGGCGGGGAGGGAGCUGGCGACAGACGCGAUGCAGUGAGCGGGCGGGCGGGCCUGGUUGGCCAUGGCUUCCCCAUUCCCGGCCUCGGCCGGCAACAGCGGCGGCGAGCCGAGCUCCGGGGAGGAGUCGGGCGGGCAGGAGGAGGAGGCCCGGGCGCUGGCGGAGCAGUUCGAGCGGGCGGCCGAGCGACUGCCGGGGCUGAUGCAGGCGGCCAGCAGGGAGCAGCUCCUCUACCUGUACGCCAGGUACAAGCAGGUCAAAUUUGGAAACUGUAACACUCCCAAGCCCAGUUUCUUUGAUUUUGAAGGAAAGCAGAAAUGGGAAGCGUGGAAAGCGCUGGGAGAUUCAAGUCCCCACCAGGCUAUGCAAGAAUACAUUGCCACAGUGAAGAAACUGGAUCCCAGUUGGAAUCCUCAGACACCAGAGAAGAGAGGAAAGGAAGGAAAAACUGGGUUUGGAGGCCCAGUUGUCAGCUCGCUGUAUCAGGAAGAAACCAUCAGGGAGGAAGACAAGAACAUAUUUGAUUACUGCAGAGAAAACAACAUUGACCAUGUAACCAAAGCCAUACAAUCAAAAAAAGUGGAUGUGAAUAUGAAAGAUGAAGAGGGCAGGGCUUUGCUCCACUGGGCAUGUGACCGAGGACACAAGGAGCUGGUCUCGGUACUGCUACAGCAUGCAGCCGAUGUUAACAGCCAGGAUGACGAAGGCCAGACCGCACUGCAUUAUGCCUCCGCCUGUGAGUUUUUUGACAUUGUGGAGCUGCUGCUGAAGUCUGGAGCUGAUCCCACCCUUUUGGACCAAGAAGGCUGCCUGCCUGAAGAGGUGACGGACUGUAAAGCAAUCACUUCCCUGCUGCAGCAGCACACGGCUGGCAAAACCUAACCAGAAGGACUGCACCAGCACGGGGCUUCAAGAGUGGACAGAAACGGCAAUAAUCCCCACCCCACCCCCAUUCUAACCCCCACAACCCUCUUUAAUAUGCAUUGUUUUUUGAGAGUCGGGCAUGACGUUUGGGAGGGCUGGGUGCCUGGCAAAUCUACCAGCAUAAGUCUUUGGAAGGAGUAAACACUGCAUAAUAGAAUCCAUUUUUGCAUGCUCUGGAAUUUAUUACUGCUCUGGGUGGGUGGGGGGGACUCAGACAACAUCUGACUAUAUUUAGACGCGGCUGCUCUUUUGAAAAAUAUACAUGACUAGUGAGAGGUGAUCAAAUCAGCACUGAAGAUUCAGAUGUGACCAAAUAAGAUCUAGGGAAAUCAGGUGUGGUACCAUUGAGGGAAGCUGAGCUGUAUUUCCCUUGGCCCAGACAAAUACUAUAAAUAAAAGAGAGAGCACAAGGUCAUACGUUGUUCCUUUCUGGUCUUUGGACGGGGGUAGUGGCCUGAUUCCUGUGAAGCUAUUGGCACUGGGGCCUUUCAGAUGUACCAGCACACUCCACUCAGAGGGGUAUUCCAGAAAGUGUUCUUCAAAAAGAAAAUGACAAAAACAAAGACUGAGCCAGUGCAAUCUCCUGCUCAGUUCCAUGGGAGAUGAUGGGGUUUUUAGUGUGUGUCACUCUGUAUUCUAGAUAUGAAGUAUAUUAGUGCACCAUUAAUGAUGUAAGAGGAGGAGAGACGUCAGUACUGUGCCCGUAUCUUGAGUGAAGUCACAAAAUAUAAUUUUAUCAUUCAUGCAACUGCUUAUUAAAGGGAAAAUAUUGCAGAGUAAAAA